UACAUUACCUUUUAAAAACGGCGGUAUAAAACGAAACGGCUGCUUUACAUUCCCUUAUGCCAAGGUGCCAACUACACCUUACGAAAUGUAGGUGAUUCGCAGGUCAUCAGAGCUGCGUCCAAUCAGCCAUCGAGAUGUCCAUGUCACUGAAGAGCAUCGACGAACAAAUCGCUACUGCCAAGCGUUACAAUGACACCAAAGCGGUUUGCGGCUUGUACAUAAGCAAGGGCGAUGCUCUCAUGGAUACCUGUCCUGAACAGGCUAUCGAGGAGUACUCCGAAGCCCUGCAGUUACUGCGAGGCCUUGACAGUGAUGACGAAAUGCUCGCGCACCGAAGACUCGGCGAAUGCUAUAUCACCCUCGCGAAUUUCGAGCAGUCCCGGAGGCACUUGAAGAACUACCUCGAUCUGGCAACAGAGAAAGAUAACCUGGUCGAACAGCAGCGAGCUUGGACUACCAUCGGCCGAUCUCACCAUGCACAGCACCUCCACGACUCGUCUUCAAACUCCGGGAAGUUGGCCUUAGACGCGUACAUGAAGUCCUUGCAACUCGCCCAAGACUUACGGGACGUGUUAUCCGACGGUCGUGAAUAUAGCGAAAUGAAAGGUAGGGCUAUGUACAAUAUAGCCCUCCUUAAAAGUAACGAUGAAGCAAUUCCAAUUUUGGAAUCGGCACUUUACCUUUUCAAAAAGCAUAACCUCAACGAAGACCUCUGUCGUUGUUUAUCGCACUUGAUCGACACGCAUCUCGACCGCGGAGAAGGGAAUGCCGCCCUACAGCUUUGUGACAAGUACUUGGAAGUGGCCCGAAAUAUCAAGCGGGAAGAUUACAAAUGCCGCGCCUAUUUAAUGAAGGGAAUUGCUCAGUUGCACGUCGGCGACUGGGAGGAGGCACGGGAAUCACUGAAGAGAGCGUAUAGGAAAAAACCGAAAGUCGAGGAGAAGGCUAGAGUUAUGCGCUACCUCAAGUUAUCAACGGUGCUCAGAGAAUAUUCUGUAGAGCUGGAGUACGCAAAGACGUCGUCCGAGAAGUGUAGGCUGCACGAGAAAGUUGCGGAUGUGCUCAUAAAGUUCAACUUGUACAGUGGUGCCGUCAAGCAUUAUAGACUCGCUGUUGAUACCGGUAUUAUUGCUAACGUCGACUCGAAGAAACUUGCGGACUUACAUGCUUCUAUUGCCACCACUUAUAAAGAUCUCAAAAGCUACAAACUAGCCCUCGAACAUUUCGAAAGGGAGCUUUCGUAUCGGACAGAAGAGCCACAGGAAGCGGCCGAUACGAAGAUGCUUAUGGCUCAAGUUGUGAUGGCGAUGUCGCCGAAAGAGACGGCCAGGAUACGGAGCAUCCUCUCUGAAGCGCUCCAACUUUACCGAAGUGUGGGCAACGCAGACUCAGAAGAGAAGUGCCUGAGAGCACUCAAAUCACUCGAGGAAGAAUCGAGAAUACCUGCCAACGAAAGCGACGACGAAGGCACGUCGACACAAUCCACCGAAUUCUCCGACAUCGACGAAGAGGAAAUCUCGGAAUGUAGCGACAGUGACCCAGAGAUUGACGCCCUCGUACCUAAACGAAGAUGUAAAAGUAUCGACACUAAAGUAAAUUACAAGGGUGAGACUCCGCUGCACCUGGCUGCGAUUGAAGGUAACUUGAAAAGAGUCAGACAACUGCUCAAACUGAAUCACUCCGUAAACGUCAGAGACAACUGCGGAUGGACCCCCCUCCACGAAGCAGCCAAUCACGGCCACCUAGAAGUGUGCAAGUGCCUCGUCGAGGUCGGGAGAGCCAACGUCAACGAUCCAGGCGGAGAAGCGUGCGAUGGCGUCACUCCUCUUCACGAUGCCAUCUAUACGGAGAACUUAGACGUUGCGCUGUAUCUGUUGGAAAAUGGUGCUUGUGUGAAUGCUCGGACUACUGCUGACAAAAAGACUCCAUUAGACUUGUUGCAACGUGUAAAGAAGAAACAUGGUGAAAACCUGAGUGCAGAAGAUAAGAAUCUGAUUAGAGAUGUUGAGCGUGUGCUUCUCGAGAAAACAUCACAAGUGGGGUCGUCUCUCUCAGCGACGUCUAGCAUCAGGAGUGAAGAGGAGCCCGACGCCGAUAUAUCGGAAUUCGUAUCCUCCGAGCCCGACAGUAAUGAUGCACGUGACGUGUCGCGUUCUGAAAGGAUCAAAGUGCCAGAAGCUUUUGUUGAAGAAGGUGAAGAAGACUGGUGCAUAGAUGACCUUCCCAAACCAAAGUCUAAACCAAAACACCUUCGUCAGACUAAGUUAAAUAUUUCACGGAAAAGAAGUAACUCCUCGAACUGCACAUCCAGAAGCAAAGUGAGAAAAACGGCAGCGAGAAAUUACGAAAUGGAACAAGAAACAUUUCAAGUAGAUUCCGACGACGCUCCGGCAGAGGAAGUCGACGUUGCGAUGCAGGAGGUACCACAUCCGCCGAAAGCAAUGCAGAUAAGACCUUCCCUGCGUGUCCGCAUCUGCGACAAGCUGCUUCUCGUACCAGCUCCUGCAGAGAAGUCCGUCGGAUGGUUAGCCGAAGAAGCAUCCGAACGUUACUACCAGUUGGUCGGUAUCCGCCCAAAGUUGAACAUCACGCUGUCCGACGGAGCCGUUGUGAGUGCUUCCGACGCCCUGCAGUGCCUCCUGGAUUGCGGAUCGCUGAACAUCAUUGGUGAAGUGGUUUCGUGGAACAUGCCGCCGCUCGUUGAACGUUACACGAGUGCAUGUGAAAAGGCUGGAACGUCAGCACUAGAAAAUUUGAUUCCCGUACUUGAAGAAUGUGAAAGCAGGGGAGCGUUUAAUUUACACUUUGCGUACAUUCCGCACGUUGAACAAAUCUUCUCUGUCCUCCGUCACCAGCAGAACCUCCACACACUCGACAUUCGCGGAACUCGACUGAACGCUGCGUCGGUCGCAACUUUGGCAUCCUGCUUAACGACACUCCAGUCUCUGUAUUCCUUAGGUCUCCGUUGUACCGGACUAACGUCCGAGCUUCUACGUGUCGUGGCAGAUUCUUCGAGCGAAAAGAUUGGAGCGCUCAAACUGGAUCUCAGCUUCAAUUACAUCGGCCACGACGGAGGAACGACACUCGGAAUGUUCCUCGCACGUUUUCCGAAGCUCAAAACGUUGGAGCUGUCAGACUGCAGCAUCUCGGACUUUGGGACAUCGCUUCGCUCACUGUCUACGCUAGAGAAAUUAGACGUUUCGAACAACCCACUUUCAGAGGGUACAGCUGUGGUGUUGAGCUUGGUCAUAAAGAACAGUGCUCUGAAAAGCUUAAACAUCGCAAACUGUUUUUCGUGCCUCCGGACCACGCCGUUGAGCACGUUGUUCGCGGAUUCAUCGUGCGGAGUCCGCGAGAUUAACCUGAGCUGCUGCAACCUCGAAGCGGAUGAUGUCAGAGCGUUGACAACGUAUCUUCCACGUGGAAGUCUCAUGAAGUUGGACGUCACUGGAAAUCCUUCCUUGUCGCGGAGCAGCUUGGACGUGCUUUGCGCAGAACUAGCUGGCGUCAAGAUUAUUGCCGAUGCCGUUCGUUGACCAACGAGGAUGUUUUCUUGUCGGUGACAUACUCCACUGUAUGCCACUUACAUACGCUGUUUUACACAUAUUUUGAGAGACAUGUCAUGUGAUACAUUAUGUAAAUACGCCACUGAUCACAAGCAUGCCUAUAGAUUAUUAUCAUAGUUAAGCCAAGCGUUUACAGUGUAAUGUAAUUUUGGAGAAGGAAAUCACAGUGUGGAAACUGCUGUGAACAGCAAAUUACUGUGAUGAGCCUUGUUUUGUACAGUAUUAAGUAAGUGGCUUUUUAUACAGCUGCAGAUAAAAAUGAUUUUGUAAAAAUGUUUGCUUGUUUCGAUCCACAGCUAUAGCGGACAUUUCAGACAAUGAUUCACCUUAAUUGUGUAUUUUAAAAUUCUCUCAUUUCCAUGCCUUCGUUUGAAUGCAGUUUUGAAAGAGUGACUGAGAAGCGAGACAGCGUGGGAUAUGGAACAGUCCACAAUCUCAAUGAAAUCAUACUGUCUGCAGUAGAUUCUGGACUGCAACUGAAUCAAAUGAACUGUGACACUCUGGUGUUGAUGCAGAUACUGCAUGCCAGAGUUAUCUGUGGAGAAAGAACAUGAGACAGACAUUUCGGUGGCAGAUAACGAACAAGAUAAAUCAUCGGUUUCUGCAGCACCAAUGACAUCAGAAAUGUGUGAGCCUCAGUCCUUGUAUAGAUGCAUGUGACUUUCCUUAAAGGGGCACUACAUCGCUCCCUAAUGAGUAGACAGAGCUGAAUAUGUCGACGUAAAUACAUACACUGAGUUAAAUACGUGCACAGUGCAUCUGAUUCCCUUGUUGUGAUGUGAUGAACAUUACAAAUUCCGUUUUGACCGUACAUUAGGACAGUCAGGUGAUGCUCAUCAUAGUGAUGAGCACAGUAUUUAUAAUAACAGAGGGCAGUGUGUAGCAGGAUUAAAACUUGACAUGGUUCAUAGAGGACACCUCAUGAAACCUAAAGUUUCAAUGCGCGCUUUGUGCACUAUCGGAGAACCUAAUUACGAGAUUAGUAUCGUCAAAUCCCUUCCUAAAGAAGCACAUUAAGGCUGGCUUCUUUCAUCAUAUCAGAUAUUGGUAUAGUUUUUGUAUAUCAAAACUAUUAUACAAUGUCUUGCACUGCCCAUUGUGAGAUCACUAUCUGAAUUAAUUACGGAAAGGUCAAGAACUAAAGUGUAUACUAUAAGGUAGCAAGUAACUUAAAAGUUAACUCAUUACGUUUCCAAAGUAGCUAAGGAAUUUCAAGUUCAUUUUCAUUACCUGUAACUUCGUUAGUAACUCAGUAACACAAUAACUUAACUGCUAACGAGUACCUUUUGUCUUUUUCAGGCUGCUGCUCACUGGGCCAGCAGCCUGAAGGUCUCACAUCACUUUACAGAGCAGGCUCCUUACAUUUACAAUUAGAUGCUCCAUGAGUCACAGACACCCUCUUAGGUAACGGCAGAUCAUUUUGUGUUACAGCUAUCUGUCCUAAACUCACUAAAAGUCAGGUGUAGUGAAUGCAGUAAAAAAUAUUUGUAUUCCACAUCACUGAGACAUGUUUUUGUCACUGUGUCAAUAAAUGGCUACUUUAUUGACCACCCUGUAAAAAAAAACAAAAAAAAAACAGCAACAUUGCUGCUGCGUUUCUUCGUAAGCUCUGGGUGGGAGAUAGUUGUCAACAGCAAGAAAAUGGGAGUAUAUUGCAUAUAUCUGCUGCAAGCUAUGCAGACCACAAAAUGCAGAUUUUAAGACACCAUUUAUCGGCAGUAUUGACGCUGACAGAAGGCACUUUGUCUUCCUCCCAACCACUGCGUACGACCAAUAAAAAGCAAUAGCUUUCAUACACGUAUACAUCGCAUUUAACCGGGUAUGAAAAAGAAUCUCUUAGUAAAGAGGAGACUCAUUACAAAAAAAAGCCACAUCAUAAAAAAUUGGCUUCCUGCAGACAAAAUUUAGAAAUGUCGAUGUCUUUGAUUUGAUGGCCAACUGAUUUUGUAAAGGCGGCUCACAGUGCAUGAGUAUACAACAAACUGGAGCGGGACGUCUGUAUCGAUGCCUGUAUCAUGUACUCCUGAAAUACGUUGUUGAUUAUUACAUUACUAGCCGUGGUUCAGGUGAUAACAUCAAAAACAACCAAGCUCUACCACAGGGAAGGUGUAAAAGUUAUCUUGAGCAGCAAAAUUCUGCAAUAAAAUAAGGCACACAAAUGUUCUAGGGGAAAAGAUAGUCGAGAACACUAGUGCAACUAGAGGGGCGCCCCACAAAUUGGCACAAGUUUGAUACACGAUUAACUCUCAUGGGUACACCUACUACACAAUAACUGGAAACUAAACGCCUUGUAUUAGUAAACUGUCACGCUGAAGUCAGACAAAGACAGAUGGGGACAGCAGCUGCUUUUGCAAAAUAAUUUUUCUUUAAAUGUAAAUAGAAGACUGUACGUUAAAGUAAAAAGUUGUUGACAGAAAAAUAUGGUGAACAAAUAACAUGCAGAGGCUGCAGCUUUGACACAAUAGUGCUCACAACAACCAAAGUGGGACAAAAUAAAUCAAAACAUGAGUGCCAGAGGCAACACUGUUUAAAAAAAAAGAAAUAAUGAAUUACCAGUGGCAAAAUCAUUUGGAUGACCAAUUGCACAACCAUUGAGAGAGUUUACACAAAAAGAAAUAAAAAUGAGAAGCAGCAGCACAUUAAACAUUAAUGCGAGCCAACAGCAUACUGCUUGUAGAUUUUUAAAUGAAGUAACAACAUAAGGUUCACCAGAGAAGCAGCUCUGGCAGCCACCGGUUGCAUAACGCCUAAAAAUGCAUAUACAAUCACAUAGCUAUUGCUGCAAGACACUUCAUAGAUUAUUACGCCUACUUGAAAAUAUAUCUCUAGAAAUGGUGAGCUGUAAUCUUCUUCACAUUAAACGGCAAUAGUAAUUAGUGUAUUAAUGUAGUCAACUUGUUGUCAU